AUGAAUGAGUGCCACUAUGAUAAACGGAUGGACUUUUUUUACAACAGGAGUAAGACACACACUGCAGAUGAGUGGUCAGGGACAACUCUUGUCAUUGUUUUAUGCUUUGGGACUUUUUUCUGCCUCUUCAUUUUCAUCUCAAAUUCCUUGGUCAUUGCUGCUGUGGUCAAAAACAAGAAGUUCCACUUCCCUUUCUACUAUUUGCUAGCCAAUCUAGCUGCUGCGGAUUUUUUUGCUGGCAUUGCUUAUGUAUUCUUGAUGUUCAACACUGGUCCAGUGUCCAAAACGUUAACUGUUAACCAAUGGUUUUUACGCCAAGGACUUCUGGACACCAGCCUGACGGCUUCUCUGGCCAACUUACUAGUCAUUGCUGUUGAGCGGCACAUGUCCGUGGUGCGGAUGAGUGUUCAUAGUAACCUCACAAAGAAGAGAGUCACCUUUUUCAUUUUGUUGAUAUGGGCCAUAGCUAUUUUCAUGGGUGCAGUGCCCACCUUGGGCUGGAACUGUCUCUGUGACAUUUCAACAUGUUCUUCCUUGGCACCUAUUUACAGCAGGAGCUACUUGAUAUUCUGGACAGUCUCCAACCUGGGGGUUUUCUUCAUCAUGGUGGUGGUGUACAUCAGAAUCUACAUGUAUGUCCAGAGGAAAACAAAUGUUUUAUCUCCUCAUACUAGUGGAUCCAUGAGCCGCAGACGGACUCCAAUGAAGCUUAUGAAGACUGUUAUGGCUGUGUUAGGUGCCUUUGUCGUGUGCUGGACUCCUGGCCUCGUAGUUUUGCUCCUUGAUGGCUUGAAUUGCGCUCAGUGUGAGGUUCAGAAUGUAAAGAGAUGGUUCCUUCUCUUGGCUCUGCUGAACUCUGUCAUGAACCCGAUUAUUUACUCUUACAAAGACGACGAGAUGUCCAGUACCAUGAGGCGCAUGAUCUGCUGCUUAAUUGAGGAGAAGAACCAGGAGCGACGUUCUUCCAGGAUCCCUUCCACAGUGCUCAGCAGGAGCAUAGAUUCUUCCAGUCAAUACCUAGAGAAUGGCAUUAGCCAGGGGACUAUUUGUAGCAAAGCCAGCACAUGAGCUG